AUGGUGGCGAAUGGCGGGGCACCACCAAGAGGCAGUGCUGCUGCUGCAGCAAGCUUACGCAGGCGUAGGGCUGCUGGAGGCAGUGGUGGCUCCUCUGGAGCAGCAGCUGCUGGAGGAGGUACGAUGCUCCAAUUCUACACUGAUGAUGCUCCAGGCCUGAAGAUCAGUCCCACUGUGGUCCUCGUCAUGAGCAUCGGCUUCAUUGCAUUUGUUGCCAUUCUCCAUGUCGUUGGAAAGUUUUACUUUGUCCCAAGAGAUUUAGGGAGGUCUCAACAAUAGAGAGUUUUGAUAUGAAUUGUAGGCUUAUUUGAAACGUUUUGAGCUUUGUUCAUUUUUUGCUUUUAUAUCUUGACUAAGAGCGACUGUCAUAGGAUUUUGCCGUUCUAUAGUGGUGGCUUGACAUGAAUUGUGUAAUCUUUGUACUCUUUUGGUUUUAGAUGCCUUUCAAAAAGAAUAUCAUGUUUUGUUGCAUUUAUCAGAA